AAUAAACCCACAAAAAUGAGGACAGCAUUGUUCCUAGCACUUUCUUUCAUUCUAUGCGCCAGUGCCGCACCUGAUCCAGUCCUCGACAUCUCCGGUAAAAUACUCCGCACCAGCACCGACUAUUACAUCCUCCCGGUCUUCCGUGGUCGAGGUGGAGGCCUGACUCUUGCCAGCUCCCGCAACAAGACCUGUCCACUCGACGUCGUUCAAGAGAAGCUGGAGGUGUCGAACGGUCUCCCGGUAACCUUUACCCCUUUCAACACCAAGAAAGGUGUUAUCCGUGUCUCCACCGACAAUAACAUCAAGUUUUCUGCUGCAACAAUAUGUGUCCAAUCUACCGUAUGGAAGCUUGCCGAAUUCGAUGAUUCGACACGACAAUGGUUUGUUACAAGUGGUGGUGUCGAAGGCAAGCCCGGUCGGGAAACUGUUGGCAAUUGGUUCAAAAUUGAGAAGCAUGAAGAUGAUUAUAAGCUUGUUUUCUGUCCAACUGUGUGUGAUUUCUGCAAAGUUUUAUGUAGGGAUGUGGGUGUUUUCAUUGAUGAUGCUGGUGUUAGGCGUUUGGCUCUCAGUGAUGUGCCUUUCAAGGUUAUGUUUAAGAGGGCUUGAAUCAUAAAAUCUUAUCUUAUUGAAUUUAUAAUUUAUAAACUUUAAUAUCAAUAAAAUUGAUAAAUUUGUUCUUGAAUCAAAU